CAUUCUAAAACUUCAGGUCCAGCUUUUAUUAAAAAGCUUUGCACGUACUCCAUACAUUUUCUAUACCGCCUGUCACUAUGGAAGCUUAUUCAUCCUAUUCUUCUUCUUCUUCGACUUUACAAGAAGCAAGAGGGUUAAAAGUUGCACAGCCUUUCCAUGCAUCACUUCAUGAAGUGCGUAAGCCAUUGGCAAAGCCCUGGAAGAAGCCAAUCGCGCCAUUGCCACCAACACCACCAAGAGUUUACAAGGUCGACCCUAUAAACUUCAGGGACUUGGUUCAGAAGCUUACCGGUGCACCUGAGUUCAUGUCUCAAUCUCAGUCGUCGUCUCAGCUUCAGCUGCCUCAUCACCAGCGUCUUCAAAGAGUGGCGCCUCCCCCUCUUAGCGUUGCAUCAUCGCCAUUGUCUAGGGCAGAAGUUUCAGCACAAUUGCAUCUCCUUUCUGGAUUUGAUCAUAGUGCUAAAACCCAGAACCAGAAAUUCUUAGAUAAUGCGAAGAUUACAUCGAAUUCAUCACUUGGAUUGAACUUGUCACCAUCUUCUUAUAAUUGGUGUGCUUUCCCAAUUCUCAGUCCUGGAACUUUGUCCAGCUUGGAGCAAAGUACUGUUCCUUAAUCAACUUACUACAUAUAUAUAUAUAUAUAUGUAUGUAUGUAUCCUGAUGAUUAUUAAGGCCAAUUUCCAAGUUACUUCACUUUUCAUUCUUGCUUGAGCUCAAAGAGAAUGUAUGUAAGAUUAAAACUACAUUCUUUUGUUGUAGUAGUACUUUACAUAAUGGUAGAACUAAUGAUGUUGAAGUCUAGCUUCAUCUGUUGUUCAUUUCAAUGUAUACUAAUGCAGCCAGGUUUAGCCAUGAAUAAAGCUACUUAUAUAUGUACAACUUUAUUAAUCA